AUGGCAGCCAGGCCUAAGGGCCUGGCUCCCAGAGCACUCAUAGGACUUUGUUUAGGGGGCCUGUUGGUGCUACUUUGCAAUGGUGCUGACGCCGCGGCAGAAGGGCAGCGCACCCUGCCCCGUCCCGCUGCAAAGCAGACGCUCAAGCUGCACAGGCCUCCACGGUCGCCGCUGGAGCCAAGCUCACCCAACGCUCCUACCUCACCGCCAGCGUCACCACCGAUGUUGCGGUCCAUGGAAGGCGAGCUGAAUGUGAUCGUGCUUGAAUCUGACGGAUACUUAACCUAUUUGCGACACGACGAUGGCGGUGUCACCAAUGUGCUGCUUGACGAUGAAGAAGCCGAGAAAUACUCCGGGCAGCGUGUCCGCAUCGAGGCUUUGCCGGACACACCUUCCGACUAUGACAAUCUGGAGGCGACGAACGGAGAGGAGAUCCCAGCCAGAAGCUACCGCCGCCGGAUGCAGGCCACUGCAGUCCGCGCCCGGGUGGCUGAGAGUUUCGGCUUUGCGGGUGGCGCAGAUCAACAAGCCACCGUCAAGGACGUGACCACCGGUCAACAAGUACUGAACAUCACCAGCGUCGUGUUCCUUCUCAAGUUCUGCAACUAUAAUCAAGAAACCCUCAGUUCGUUGCGGAAUUUGUACGCCAAUGGCCCGAACACCGCCCCCAACGAAGGCACAGUACAAAACUACUUCAAUUAUUGCUCCCGAGGAGCCGCGCGCCUGUCAGCAGCCAACCAACUAUUCUUUGAGGUUAACGAGAUCUACGCGAUGCACGACCUCGCGGAGGCUUAUGUGCAGGACACUCUCCGGGUUAACAUCUCGGGUAUUAAACAACGUGUCAUGGUACUGCCGCCGUUGGCAUUCUGUGGUAGAAGUUGGGGAGGCUUGGCGAACCUGGGCUGUCUAGGAACCAAAUGCUUCACAUGGAUUGCAUAUUUUCACAGGAAGAUCUUCUUCCACGAGAUGGGUCACAACUACGGGCUUCAUCACUCAAACGUUGAAGGGGGCGGCGAGUACAGCGACUACUCGUGUGCGAUGGGAUACGGGUACACCUGCUUGAAUGCCCCGAACUCCUGGCGCAUGGGUUGGUUGCAACCCAUUGCUGGCGGCGACCUCAACGGAAGCACAUUGCCUUUUGGACAGUGGAAGAAAUUUACGCUUCCUGUCCAGGUCAAGUCUUUGCAGUCCUACCUACGUAUCUCGCCGGAUUGGAAGCUGGGGCCCAACCAGGCAUUCACAUCGUGGUCUACACCCGUGCCCAUAUUCUUUGUGUCCUACCGCGUUAGGGAGGACCCCUUUGAGUAUUUUAAUGACAAUAACCCACUCGCCAACACUAGUGGAAAAGUAUGGUUGUACAAGUUCAACGGAACACAGGCUGCCAACUCCUGGGUAAAGUCAGAGCAGUUGGGAAGCUAUUGGGCUGGCGAGGUGUACAGAGAUGAUAACUGGUCUGGCCUCGUCGUGAAGGUCCUCGACGCUAAAAGGACCCUGGACGGUUAUGCCAUCGUGUCAGUUUGCCGUUCCGGCGGGCCCAAGGAGGCGCAGGGAGGGAACUCCUGCAGCGAUGGCCGCGAUAACGACUGUGAUGGCCUGGUGGAUCAAGCCGACCCAGACUGCAACGGGGUGAUGAACUCGCCAUCACCGCCACCAUCACCCCCACCACCACCCAGCCCACCACCGUCACCGCCACCAUCACCGCCUCCGUCACCGCGACCUCCUCCUACCCCACCGCCGACACCGAAGCCGCCACGGCCGCCGCCACCAAGGCCGCCGCCAAGGCCACCGCCACCAUCGCCACCUCGGCCAUGCGGGCCCCACCACGCCCGCCGCCGCGACCACGCCUAA